UCUCAUCUCUGGUUAAUGAAUAAAUAGGUAAAAGUUUAAUAAUUACUUAUUGAAAUAGAAGAACAGAUCUUUGACUAUGUCUACUACUACCUCUAAGUCAACUCCAACUGUUGACUAUACAAUUGCUAAUUCAGAUGUUGUUUCUAAAUAUAAAACUGCUGGUGAAAUUGCUAAUAAAGUUCUUGCUCAAGUUAAAGAGUUAACUAUUGCUGGAUCAACUACUUAUGAAUUAAGUGUUAAAGGUGAUGAAUUAUUACAAGAAGAAUUAUCUAAAAUUUAUAAUUCUAAAAAAGCUUCUAAAACUCCCAAAGGUUUUGCAUUUCCAACUUGUGUUAAUCCAAAUCAUAUACCUGCACAUUUAGCUCCAAUUUCAGAAACUGAUCCAGCUAAUAUUACUUUAAAAGAUGGUGAUGUUGUUAAUAUUAUGUUAGGAGCACAAAUUGAUGGUUUCCCAUCAAUUGUUGCUGAUACCGUUGUUAUUGGUGCAACUAAAGAAAAUCCAAUUACUGGUAAAAAGGCUGAUUUACUUCAUGCUGCUUGGAAUGCAUCUGAAGCUGCUAUUAGAACUUUAAGACCAAAUAAAAAGAAUUGGGAUGUUACAAAUAUUGUUGGAAAAAUUGCUAAAGAAUAUGAAACUAGUCCUGUUGAAAGUAUGUUAUCUCAUAAUCAAGAAAGAAAUGUAUUAUAUGGACCAAAAGAAAUUAUUCUUAAUCCAAGUAAACAAAAUAAAUCACAAGUUGAUACAGUUAAAUUUGAAGAAAAUGAAGUUUAUGGUUUAGAUAUUUUAAUUUCAACAUCAGAAGAAGGUAAAGUUAAGCCAACUGAUUAUAGAACUUCAUUAUUUAAAUUAACUGGAAAUUCUUAUGCUCUUAAAAUGAAAUUAUCUCAUAAAGUUUUAUCAGAUUUUAAAUCAAAAUCUAAUAAUCAACCAUUCCCAUAUAAUAUUAGAAAUUUAGAUGAACCAACUAAAGCUAGAGGUGGAUUAGCUGAACCAACUAAUCAUAAAGUUCUUUUAGCUUAUGAUAUUGUUGGAGAAAAGGAAGGAGAAUUUGUUGCUCAAUUCUUUACAACAGUUGCCAUUACUAAGAAUGGAAUUGUUAAAUAUACUUCUCCAACUUUUGAUCCAGAAUUAUAUAAAUCAGAUAAACAAAUUAAUGAUGAAGAUAUUAAAACUGUUUUAUCAGAACCUUUAAGAGUUGCUAAGAAGAAAGUUGAAAAAUCAUAAUAAUGAUAAAAGUGAUAAAAGUGAUAAAAAUGAUAAAAUCAUAAAAAUCAUAAAAUCAUAAAAUCAUAAAAAUCAUAAAAUCAUUACAUUAAACAAUUUUAACCAACUAAAUUUAAAAUAAAUAAUAUAGUCAUAAUUAUUAUAAUAAUAUAAUAAUUAUUAAUUAGUAAUUAGUAAUUUGUAGAUAAUUUUUACGACGUAUCAAUGUG